CUAAUGAUGAAAUAUAAAGUUUAUAAGUGAGGGGAUGAAGACCAGAAGAGCAAAACCCAACAAGUUUGGAAGUAAACGGAAAAAGGUCAUCAGUGAUGUGUCCCCGUCGACAAGCCUUCCUCCUCUUGUGGAGGGCCAGGUGCGAUGCUUCCUAAGGGUCACAAUAAGCAGAGUGUUGUGGACAGUACCCAAGCCUCCGCCGGUGACCCUGGUCCGAUUGCGAUGGUGGGGGGAGACAACCGGAGGAACUCUGUUCUACCCCAGAGAUGGAUCCUUGGAUAGACAGAAAGAUGUGAUGUCUACAACACGAUUUCCGGUACGAUGUGGACCCAAGCAGUUCACCUCAUAUCUGACAGAUAUGGGCUCAGUGGUGCUGGAUGUUCUUACAAAGCGUGAUCACUUGCCAAUAGCACGGGCUCAAGUAGCUGGGAUUGCUCGAUUAUCUCUAUCUCACUCCAUUAGUGGAUUUUAUACCCUCGUGUCACCGACAUCUGAAAAACUUGGGGAGCUACAGGUCAUGCUUGCGCUUGAACCUCUGACCGAAACCUACGACAGCUGCAGCUCCUUGCCCACCACAGACAUGAGCAUCGAGACAGCGCUUUCUGGUCCCGGUCCAACAUCUGACCAAAACACACUGCCGGUGUCUCGGCCUCACUUCGGUCCAAGCAACAGUGGAAGAGUGUCAGUUGGAAGCAGUUCCAGCAGCACACCAAGAGGUAAGGAUCACCUGUACUUUCAAGAGAGGGAAAAAACACUUUCUGGCACGUCUCAUGCUGGACCUGGAGCUGCUGGUUAUAGAAAUGUGCAGGAGACAAGCCAACCAGAUGUGCACAUAUCUGCAGAAUCAGUUGACGUUCUAUCAGUUCUUCUCGAGCGUGGUAGCAAGCUCAGGAACGCCAUGGUGGUUUCGGCACUGAAGUCUGACCUUGAUUGUGACAUGGCUCUGAAGGACGCUCCCUUGCCUUUACCAAAAGACAACACUAGAUCAUCUUCUUCCCUGCCACCGUCGUCAUCAGGGCAGCUGCUUCAGAACAUCCUCCACUCAGACCUGCAGCUCUCGACUCAGGAUCCUGAAUUACGCAGACCAGAGGGCAUCACUGACAUGCAUGAUGCGGCUGUGGAUCUACUUCUGGGGAGUGUAAAUGGAUCUAUUCUUCCAUUAUGGGAUGGAGAGGGAUCUCCACCCGGCUCUCUCUCUGGCUGUAGCAGCUUACUUCUAGACAGUGAAUUUGGUGAUCCUCAGUAUGACCAGAGCCUCCUGGAAAACCUGUUCUACAAAGCUCCAAAGUUUGACAGCUGUUUGAGUGCAGGAGAAGACGAACAUGAAAGAGAAAAUACCAGGUUGGAUUUGGAUGUUGAGCCACAUGCAGGACCCAGUGACUGCUUUCCUGGACUCAGUGUGGAUCGCAUUGCACUGCUUGGAAGUAUCCACAUAGCCAGAGUUCUCAUCCUUCAGCUAUUGGUUCCCACAGUCAGUACCACUGAUACAUCAAGAAAGCUGUCAGGCAAAGGAAGACCUCCUCUACCUCAUGCUACCAAAAAAUGCACAUAUUUUGUGGAAUACCUCUUUCCAUUACCUGCUCCUAAUAAUAGCACUGGUACUGCUGCACCUGCAGAGGUCACACGAGUCGUCUCUAGUAAAAUUGUAGAUGAAGUGGUGAAAUUCCAGCAUCGUAGCAUCUUCUCAGUGCACUUUGACGGUCCCAGCAUCAAGCGAUGGUGGGAUACGAACCUUACAUUUACAGUCUACUCCAGGAAAAGCCAUCAAAUGAAACCUGCACCAAUAGGAUCUGCCGUCUUUCCUUUGCGCACUUUGCUUCAGAGUGAGCGACUGAGCAUUACCACUGAACUUCCUGUCCAAAGAGUCGAUGGAGACAAACAGGAUAUUGGACCUCUCAAGGUCUCCUUUGAACUAGCAACAGACAAGAAAGAUUUCGCUUCCAAGAGCAAAUUAGGAAAGCAAGCUCAGCAGAAAGUAAACCUCUCUUCUGGUCAACCAAGCGAUGAAGAAAUCAGUGACUGUCCACAGGUCAAUAAAACUACUCACACAAAAGACACCUCACCCGUGGCAGUUCAUUCCUCCCAGAGCAUCAGGAUGCCUCGGGCGAGGUCGACUUCCCCGCAAAGUGUCCGAAUCGCUCUUCCUAAACCCUCUGAUCAGACAGAGAUUGAAGAGAGCGAUAUUUUGCUCCACACCCUGCUCAUGGUGCCCGAUGGAAAAGAUUUCAAAUGUGCACCUAUGCAACCCAACGCCUAUCUGAACUGUAAAUUCUUCGGCUCUGAGGAGACCACACGUUCCUCGGUCAGCUGGGGUCAGAUACAGCCCACUUUCAACCUGGUUCAGGUAGCACCAGUGACUCUUACCGCCAGGUUAUUAGAGAGAAUGAGGAAUAACGUGAUGGUCAUAGAGGUUUGGCUCAAAGCCAGCUCAUCAGACCAUGACAAACUCCUGGGACUGGUCAAACUACCUCUUCACCAGUUCUAUAUGUCAUUCAGAGACUCCAGGAUUUCCCAGCUGCUCCUGCAGGCACAGUAUCCAGUAGUGGCAGUAGACAGCUACAUGCCCAUAGUGGAUAUCUUCACUGGUGGAACACGUGGGAGUCUGAGGGUGUUUUUGGCCAUGGGUACAGCCCAGCAGAUCAUGACUCUGCAGCGCAUGAGAGAAGAGGAAAUGAGCUCGGUGUCCCAACCGUCCAGACCAGUCCACCUGCUAGAUCACAGACCCACAGCUGACACCAAGGCAAAUGCUUCUUCCUCUGCUGAGGCUCUGAACGAGCAUGUGUUUUUGGUACGGAUUGAAAAAGUGAGAGGACUAACUCCAUUGCAGUCUACCGUCUGGGGAGAAGCUGACUGUUACAUACAGUACUCAUUCCCCACUCAGGAGAAGGACAAGGAGGAAGACAUGCCAGAUGUUGACCCACAUGUUGUGGAGAGCACUGUUAAUGUGAAGUCCUAUCGUACUGCUACUACAUUGUGCAUACCUGAUCCUGUGUUUGGCCACCGUGAGAUGCAUGUGCUCCUGGCGCCACCCAGUGUUCCAGUGCAGACACUGCUGCUCAGCUCUCUGGCCAGUCAGGGCCUCAGCAGUGGUGGAGGAAUCCAGUUUGAAGUGUGGUGCAGGUAUUACUACCCAAAUGUGCGAGAGCAGCUUGUAGCCAAAGGGCUGCUGCCCAUGGCCAAGCUGUGCGCCAUGGUCACGAUGCAGAGGCAAGGUCAAACAGAGGCGCAGCUUUUCUCUCUCCCGUUGGUGCCAAGGACAGACAAACCGGCUGAUGUUCAGGCUCAACCCUCAGGUCUGCUCGAGGUUAGCGUUCAGUACAAGACCCGUCCGGUUAGGAGUGACUGUUUGAGGAGCGGUGCCGUGGCCUCCCGCACAGUGAAUCUGGUAGUGCAGGUGCACAGAGCCGCUGGUCUGCAGGCUGCUGCUCAGUCAGUAGCACUGCAGUACUACUCAGAGGUAGGAGUCAACUCCUUCGUGACUGUGCAGCUCAGCUUCCUGCCUGAUAGGGAAAGCAGGAGCACACGUGUAGUUGCCAGAAGUUUUUGCCCCGAGUUCGAGCACCACACUGAGUUUUGCUGUCAGCUGCUGGUUCAGAGGGACAGUGGAGAGAGCGUUAGCCUGGCCGAGGUCCUCCAGGAUGCUGUGGCUGUGCUCACGGUUUAUAACAGAGACACACGCAAAGUGGUGGAUGCAUCAAGAUCUACAGACAGCAUUUUGGGCUCAGUGAGAAUUCGACUAGCUGACCUUCUUCACAAAAGAACAGGCAUAUCAGGCUGGUACAGUCUCUCCCUUCCACCAAGUGCAUCCUCACACCCUAGCUUAACCUCAGUCGGAGGCCUCGAGCUCUCCAUAAACUUUGGCCAUCGUGCGGAUCGAGAACGUGUCCUCAAUUCAGCCAGACUUAUGGGAUGGGAAGUCGAAAGCGACAGCGAGGAAGAGGAGCAAGACCAAGAUGAAGACUACGAAAGACUCCGGGAGCUCAAAUUAUCCAUCUCUAUGCCCAAAGCCUGGUUACCGGUACAUGUUCUCCUGCUCCCGGGUCACUCUGAGCUUCAGAGAUCCACUUAUUGCUACUUUAGGUAUAAACUCUAUGAUCAAGAGGCGUACUGUUCCCAGCUCAGACAUCCAGUCCUGGAGGAGGGUAAGAAGGGGCAGGACAUGGCCACGGUGACGUUCACAGGCACCCGGAAUGUGGAGCUGAGAAGGUGCCAGCCACUACGCUGGUAUCUGAGAGAGGAGAAACUGGAAGUGCAAGUUUGGGUCUCCUUUGGGAAGGGGAAGAGAAUCCGGCCGCAUGAUUCAGAUCGUCUGGUUGGGUCCGCGUUUGUGGAUCUUUCUGCACUGGCAACGACUACGAACCAGAAGCAGUCAAUAAGUGGUGUGUAUCCUCUUUUCAAACGCUCCGCUGCUGACUUAAGUGGAGCUGCUCUGAGAGUCCACAUCACUGUCACAAUGAAGUCCACUCGACACGCUUCCCCGAAGGUGCACCCCACAGAGGUGGACGAAGAGGAGGACGAAGAGGAGCAACUGAUCAGUCCAGGAGAGGAAGAUCUGGACAAAGGACCCUCGUCUAGACAAUCCCAUGUGCCAGACAGCCUGUCUAGACACUCGUGUGUGUCCAGUAGACAGCACACUAAAUCAGUGCAAAGCUCAGAGUUCACUAAAAACAACACUUUCACUGCAACUGUGAGUGUGGAGAGAUCAAUGCAUCUCAGUUUAAAAGGCUGUCCUCUAGCUGAGAAGAGAAAUAGUCUUCCCAGUUGUUGGGUUUCGUACGCCACUGCUGAUGACGCUGGUACAGUAAACACAGCCGUGGUCCAAGACAGUGAUUGUCCAGUAUGGGACCACCAACAAGAAUGCAGGCUUUCAAAGGAGCUACUUGUAGAUCCACAGCAGUUGCUGGUUUUUAAAGUCUGGCACAAAGGAGAAGCAGAGCGAGUGAUUGGCUUUGCUUCAGUGGACCUUUCUCCACUUCUGUCUGGCUUUCAGUCUGUCUGCGGCUGGUACAACAUUACAGAUUUCAGCGGGCAGUGCCAGGGACAGAUCAAAGUGUCCGUGUCACCUCUGAUGGGUGCACAGGAACUCCGUGCCCAGAGGCAGGUCGCCUGUGAGAACACUGCUACUGACUCCAGUUCUCUCUUUGGUGCCCUGCCACUGUGUUAUCAAACCACAGCUGUGUACAGCGGCUUUCCCAGUCACAUCAGCCGCUUCCCUGAACAAAGGAUCUGCACUCCUGAACAGGACGGAAUAUUUUCCAACAGGUCUGGCCUGUUUGAUCACCACGAUGAGCACAUGGACAACAUACGGAGAUUCCAUAAGACCCUGCAAGAACGAGAAAACACCACAACAUCUUUUUGUGCUGGAGAUGCUCACCCCUCCAGCUCUGGACUCUUCUCAGCCCUCAGGAAAAACCUAAGUGAGUUGGAUGACAUUCAAAAGUAUUUCAGCCGCAAGCUGUCCACACCGGCUUUUUCAGUGCUGACAGAGCAGAGUCAAAACUCCAGACAGGAUGUUCAUAAGGAUUCCGAAGCCGACACAACAGAGCUACUGCUUAAGUCCAACCAACUUGUAGAAGAGGUGAAUGGCAUGAUUGCAGGUCUUAGUGAGCAUCAAGCCGCUGCAGCAUCUCCAACCAGACAGAAAAAUCCCUCAAGACCUGCUGAGAUGGAGGUGUAUGCUUUCUCAGGUGUGGAUCAUUCAGCACUAGCAGAGUCAGAGAGCUUUGAGACUAUUAGUCAUUAUAAGGACCCAGUACCCCAGUUGGAGGACGUUUCACCGCUCCUCUCCCCUGCUUCAGAAGAAUCCAGCCAUUCACCUGAGCCCGACAAUGAAGACCUCCACCUAGACAGCCCCUCCAUUGAAGAAGAGGAUGAAUUGGUAGACAAGGACGACGAGGAGUUUGAGGAGACGUUGAUAGAACCCCGGACUCUCAACGAGGUCACAUCUGUGACAGACAGGACCAGCCCCUGGACCAGCAUCUUGUCUGAUCCUGAUCUCGACUCUGUUGAGAGUCUGGAGGUGACCGAGCAGCCGGUCCAUGACCUCAGACACAGCGAUGACAGAGAGACGGCGGUGUCUUCACCAGCUGCUUCCAUGCAAGCUUUGCCUUCAGACACACAGAGAGCUCAUACUGAUUCAGACCUGUCGGCUGGAUUUGAAUCAGACGAGGAUGCUGGAGAUGCUGGAGGAGAUGAAGAUUCGCAACAUGUUAGUGAGGAACUCGAUAAUGAAGAGAGCUCCUUUGCAGUGCUUUUCAAAAGGGAUUCCACACAAGACCCAGCCGGUCGUGAGCUUGACAGCGAGUCGGACUCGGAAAAUGAUUCGUUGUUACCUUCCUGCUCUGAAUCUAGCAUAAAGGCAAAUGGUGAGCGUGAAAAUGAGGAAUCGAGAGCAAAUCUCAGCGAUCAUGUAAAGAUUCCUAACUUUUUUCUUCCAUCUCACCACUUGGAGGCCUCUAUGAGAGCUCUGCGUUUUGCUCCUGUGUUUCCCUCGACUUCCACUCACCCAGAAACUGGAAAAUCUGAAUUUACGUAUCGCAGAGCAAAUCGGUCGAGGCCCAGCGUCCCUCCGAAGAAAGAAGAAACAAAAAGGAUUGCAAAAAUAUUUUCUACACAUUUUACAGAGGGAAGUUAGCAUUUUUAUGAGGUUGGAUUUUAUAGUUUUAUAGUGUGAUGUGUGGUACACUAUAUUGCCAAAAGUAUGUGGACCACAUUUAUAUGUUUCCAGUUUGUUUGGCAACAGUUUGGUGAAGACUAGUGAGGUCUAUAAUGACAUAGCUUGGUGAGUUUGUGUGCAGAACCUCCAGGGUUGUGCACAGAGCCCAUUUAGAUUGGAAGCAGUUUAGAAAGGGGGUUUUACACAUUUGGAAUGAGAACAUUAAUUGGAAGCCAGGCCUUCCUGUCCACCAUCAGAGCCUGAAGAAAUGGGUGGGAGGAGAUGGGUGCAGAUUUUACCCAUAUUUUUGUGUCCACAUACAUUUGGCAGCAUAGUGUCAUUUCUUUUACUACUGGUUGAUUGUAUUUAUAUAAUUAAAUAAUGCUCCUUAGAUGUCAAAUAAUGUGAUCAAUAAAUUAAUUGUAUUUGUACUUGUAUGGAAAUAUUAAUUUUAUUUUUCUAAAUAAAGUCAUUUGCAUCUCCA